AGCCGCCCGGCUCGAGCCCGGCUGCGGCCUCUGGGCGGUGCGGCGAAGGAGCCGGCGCGCUCCGCGCGGCACGCGCCCGCGCGCGCGGGCAUGGCCGCGUUCAAGGCAGAGGUGUUCGAGGCCCUGCACGCCGGCCCCGUGGCCGGGCUCGCUGCCGGCCCGCCGGGCAGCGGCCAGGCGCUGGAGGACGCGUUCGCCGAGCUGCGGGCGCACCGGGAGUCGCUCAGCCGCCCCUGCGGCUUCCGCGGCCGCGAGGACACCGUCGACCUGUCCGCGCUGGCGCAGCACGUCACCACCGCGAGCCCGCGGCUCGCCUCCGAGCGCCUCGUGCGGGCGGUGGACGAGGUGAGCCGGGCGCUCCGGUUGCACCAGCACGACUGCUGCGCCUUGGUGGAGCAGGCGCUGGACCUGACUGCGAACUUCGCCGAGGUGCCGCACAAGUGCGCCGCCAUCUUCCACCGGGAGUGCCACUUCCAGGCGCUGGUCCUGCACGACAUGGCGCAGGGCCUGGCCCAGACCCCGCCAGCGCGACACUCGGUGGCCUUCUUCGCGAUGCUGGGGGGCCCCGCGUUCGUCAGGGCGCUGCUUGAGUCGCUGAGCCUCUUCCUGCGCGACGCCACCGGCGAGCGCUCGGGCGACCAGAUGUUCCUCUCGCACGCGUGCGCGAUGAUACGGCUCUACGCGCAGACGCUGCUCGCCUACUACUACGCCUUCCAGGCCUCUGCCGA